AGCAAUAAAAUACUAUUCGUUCAUUCGGCGCUUAAACUUCGGACGAGACGGUGUUGCCGCUCGUCCUUUCGCGUGUGUUGUGGUGUAUUGUGUUGUGGGUGCUACGGUGAGCCAAGGCUCGCGUCUCGCAGAUUCGGGCAACGCCCGGCCGCAAAGCGGCUAGUUCUACAUAUUUAUCUGGUAUACAGAAGAAAAGUGACCAAAGUGAUUAGUGAAGUGUUAAGUGAAAGUGUUUAAUAUGUCUCUUCUAACCGUAUUUACGGUCCUCGUCGGGCUGCUCGCGCUUGGAGCAGUGCGAUGCGAGGACGAAACGAUCGGACCGAUAUUUAUGAAGGAACCCCCAAACCGAGUGGAUUUCAGUAACACGACUGGUGCCGUAGUGGAAUGUGCCGCAAGAGGAUCCCCCCCUCCCGAUGUCAUUUGGGUACGAGCUGAUGGCACCGCUGUUGGUGACGUUCCUGGAUUGCGACAGGUCUUACCGAAUGGCAACCUUGUUUUCCCACCUUUCCGUGCUGAGGAUUACCGUCAGGAAGUUCAUGCCCAGGUCUACGCUUGCCUUGCUAGAAACCCAGUUGGUACAAUUCAUUCUAGGGACGUUAACGUUCGCGCCGUUGUAUCCCAGGUGUACACAGUAAAUCUUGUAGAGGAAAAUGUCUUGCGAGGAAAUGCUGCCAUAUUCAAGUGUCUUAUUCCAAGUUUUGUCACUGAAUACGUUCAAGUAUCUUCUUGGAUAAUAUCAGAGGGGGACGAUGAGACUGAAAUACAAUUGAACGAUGCCAGUAUUAACCGAGAGGAGGGCAAAUACUUGGUCCUACCAUCUGGAGAAUUGCAUAUUCGUGAUGUAGGACCCGAAGAUGGCUAUAAAUCAUACCAAUGUAGAACGAAGCAUAGACUUACUGGGGAGACUCGUUUAUCAGCCACAAAGGGACGUUUAGUUAUCACCGAACCGACGAAUAAAAUUGCUCCUCGAAGUGAUAAAAGCCGAAAGUUCGAAGGCGGUGAAAUUUUCGUUGUCUCCUUAGAGAGUUCAGUUUAUCUUACGUGUGAAGUAGCGGGGUAUCCUCCACCAAUAUUUCGAUGGUAUAAAUUCAUUGAGGGAUCAGCGAGAAAGCAACCAGUCGUGUUGAAUGACAGAGUAAAACAAGUUUCUGGAACUCUUAUUAUCAAGGAGGCUAAAGUUGAUGAUUCUGGCAAAUAUCUGUGUGUUGUGAACAAUUCUGUUGGUGGUGAAUCGGUCGAAACUGUCUUAACUGUAACUGCACCAUUAAAAACAGCAGUAGAGCCGGCAACACAGACAGUAGACUUUGGUCGCCCAGCGGUAUUCACUUGCAGAUAUGAAGGAAAUCCCAUCAAGACUAUCACCUGGUUGAAAGAUGGAAAAGACAUGAACCACCACGACCACGUAUUAAGAAUCGAAUCAGUAAAGAAAGAAGAUAAGGGAAUGUACCAGUGCUUCAUCAGAAAUGACCAAGAAAGUGCCGGAGCUAGCGCCGAAUUGAAAUUAGGAGGACGAUUUGAACCACCACAGAUUAGACACAGCUUCUCAGAACAAACUCUACGCUCCGGUCCAUCUCUAAGGUUAAAAUGUGUCGCAUCUGGCAACCCUACACCUGACAUCGCAUGGCAACUAGAUGGAGACAAACUGAACAGCGGCGAAAGACUGCAAAUCGGGCAAUUUGUUACUGCCGAUGGAAAUGUUGAAUCCCACUUAAAUAUCUCAUCUGUGCACACUAAUGAUGGAGGACUGUACUCUUGUAUCGCGUCAAGCAAGGUUGGGAGCGCAUCCCAUUCAUCGCGCGUAAACGUUUACGGACUGCCUUACGUACGGCCAAUGAAGAAACGCCCAGUUGUCGCCGGAGACACGCUCAUCGCUCACUGCCCAGUUGCUGGAUAUCCUAUUGACUCUAUUGUAUGGGAACGUGAUGGACGUGUUCUACCAAUCAACCGCAAACAGAAGGUGUUCCCUAACGGCACGUUGGUUAUUGAAAACGUGGAACGAAUGAGCGACCAGGCCACUUACACAUGCGUCGCUAAGAACUCUCAAGGAUACAGCGCAAGGGGACAACUCGAAUUACAAGUCAUGGUACCGCCGUUGAUAGUGCCGUUUACGUUCGGAGAUAUCCCGUCGAAUCCUGGUGACGCUGUGGUCGUCAAUUGUGUCGCGACGAAAGGAGAUAUGCCUCUCGAAAUAUCAUGGACGUUUAGCAGCGAAACAAUAGAUUCCAAUAUGCACCGAGACAUCACGACGACGCCGUUGGGUCCCCGUGCUUCUGUACUCACUAUAAAUUCUGUGAGCGCAAAUCAUCAGGGGAACUACACUUGUAUCGUUCAAAAUGCCGCUGGACGUGUUGAGCACGCGGCAACCCUCGUCGUUAAUGUUCCUCCUCGUUGGAUUUUGGAACCCACUGACAAAGCUUUUGCUCAAGGUUCAGAUGCUAAAGUUGAAUGUAAAGCCGAUGGCUUCCCUAAGCCCCAAGUCACAUGGAAGAGGGCUGAAGGUGAUACCCCAGGCGAUUACAAAGACCUUAAACCAAACAACCCAAAUGUUAAAGUCGAGGAUGGAACAUUGGCCAUUACUAAUAUUCAAAAGACAAACGAGGGUUAUUACCUGUGUGAGGCUGUUAAUGGAAUAGGAUCUGGAUUGUCUGCCGUCAUUUUAAUCAGCGUUCAAGCUCCACCACAAUUCGAAAUUAAAAUGAGAAACCAGACUGCUCGCCGAAGUGAACCCGCUGUACUUCAGUGCCAGGCUAAGGGUGAAAAGCCAAUUGGAAUCAUCUGGAACAUGAACAACAAACGUCUUGAGCCCAAAUCGGACCCACGAUACACGAUCCGCGAGGAAAUCUUGCCCGGUGGAGUUGUUUCCGACUUGAGUAUCAGACGUACUGAACGAUCCGACAGCGCUCUCUUCACCUGUGUUGCUACCAACGCUUUCGGCUCUGACGAUACCAGCAUUAAUAUGAUUAUUCAAGAGGUACCCGAAGCCCCCUAUGGUUUAAAGGUAUUGGACAAAUCAGGAAGAACUGUUCAAUUAUCUUGGGCCGCACCUUACGAUGGAAACUCUCCAAUUAAGAAGUUCCUCAUUGAAUACAAACGCGCUAAGGGCAACUGGGAAAAGGAUAUUGACAGAGUGCUCGUCCCAGGAGACGCAACAGAAGCCGGUGUAUUCAGCCUCCGUCCCGCCACAGCUUACCACAUUCGUAUCGUUGCUGAAAAUGAACUUGGAACCUCUGAACCAUCCGAAACAGUUACCAUUAUCACUGCUGAAGAAGCCCCCACUGGAAUGCCCCAAGACGUCAAAGUCGAUGCUGCUGAUAAGCACACCCUUAGGGUUACAUGGAAACCACCCCCACCUCAGGACUGGAAUGGCGAACUUCAAGGCUACUACGUUGGUUACAAACUGGCAUCAAGCAACAAGUCAUUCGUGUUCGAAACCGUCGACAUCUCAAAGGAAUCUGGCAAGGAACACCAUCUCGAUAUCCUUAACCUCAAGACCUACACUCAAUACGCGAUCGUGGUUCAAGUGUUUAACAAGAUGGGUUCAGGUCCCGUAUCGAACGAAGUCCGAGCCUACACGGCCGAAGGAGCUCCCUCUGCCCCACCUCAAGAUGUCCUCUGUACCACGUUGACUGCUCAAACUAUUCGCGUAUCUUGGGUAUCUCCACCUCUCGCCGCCGCUAACGGACUCAUCAAGGCAUACAAGGUUAUCUAUGGACCCAGCGAGACUUGGUAUGAUGAAAAAACAAAGGACACAAAGAUCACGGCCAGCAGCGAAACAAUCCUACACGGUCUCAAGAAAUUCACAAACUACUCAAUGGAAGUGUUAGCUACUACUAACGGCGGAGAUGGCGUCCGAGCAGCACCUAUUCAUUGUCAGACUGAACAAGAUGUACCCGAAGCCCCCCGUGCCGUAAAAGCCUUAGUGAUGGGAGCUGAUUCGAUCCUUGUGUCAUGGAGACCGCCCGCGCAGCCCAAUGGAGUCGUCACUCACUACAACGUGUACACUCAAGCACAGAACGCUGAACCUCACCCUAACAAGGUCCCCGCAUCACAAACUAGCUACUCCGCGACAGAACUGAAGGCCGGCCGCUACGACUUCUGGGUAACAGCUUCCACCAUCAUCGGCGAAGGUCAACCCUCAGCCACCGCAUCUUGCAGCGCCAGCGAUAAAGUACCUGCCAAAAUUGCGUCAUUCGAUGAAUCAUUCACCGCUACUUACAAGGAAGAUGUUAAACUGCCCUGUCUGGCUGUCGGAGUUCCACCUCCUAACAUUCUAUGGAAGGUCAAAGGUCACCCAUUAGAGCCAUCAGAACGCGUUCGUCAACUUCCCGAAGGAUCUCUGCAAAUCGCUGGUGUAGCAAGGGAAGAUGCCGGAGAAUACUCCUGCCAUGUUGAGAAUCAAUUCGGAACUGACACUGUUACUCACACGUUAUCUGUACUCGCUCCUCCCUUCCCUCCUCAAUUGAGCAUCGCAUCUUCUUCCGUAUCGUCUCUGACUCUGCGCCUGAAGCCUCCGGUAGACGCUGACCAAUCACACGCAGCUGGCUACACCAUCCACUACAAACAAGAGUUCGGCGAUUGGGAAACUGUUCAGAUUCCUAGCAACACUGACACCUACACUUUGGAAAACCUAUUCUGCGGAUCCAGAUAUCAACUUUACGUUACUUCUUACAACGGUAUUGGAACAGGCGAAGCGUCCGACGUGGUCAUCGCCCGUACUCGUGGAUCCAAACCCCCAGUACCUCGUGCCGCUGACUUCAUCGAAGUGGGAAGUUCCUCUGUCACCCUUCACCUCAAGCAAUGGCUGGAUGGAGGCUGCCCCAUGAGCCACUUCGUCGUUGAAAAUAAGAAAAAAGGAGCUGCUGAGUGGAACCAGAUCUCGAAUGCUGUAAAACCUGGUGGUAACUUUGUAGUACUGGACCUGGAACCCGCAACUUGGUACGUUUUAAGGAUCACCGCACACAACAACGCUGGAUUUAACGUCGCUGAAUAUGAAUUCGCUACCCUCACUAUGACUGGUGGAACUGUCGCUCCCCUCCCCGGAAACUCUGACGAUAAGGAACUGCCCCCGUGGGUCAAGGCCUGGCUGGAACCGGAGGUCCUUGUCCCGAUAUUGGCGACUAUUGUCGUUUUCAUCGUCGGAAUGGUCGUGAUCUGUUUGACGUUGGCACGUAGAAACACUCCUCACAGACUGCGAGGUCAGAAGGACGUAUACUAUGAUGCGGUAUACAACGCAUCCCAAGCUGCAUUAGGCGGCGGCGCCGGAACCUUGGACAAGCGUGGCGGACUUCGUGAUGAAUUAGGAUACAUCGCACCCCCCAACAGGAAACUUCCCCCCGUACCAGGAUCUAACUACAACACAUGCGACCGUGUUAAGCGACAGGCUGUUAUUAUGGGUGCUCAUUCGACGUGGGAUCCGCGAAGACAUCACUAUGAGCGCAUUCGACGCACGCGUCUACGCAGGACUGGAUCUGGUGAUACAAUAUCAACAGGCAUGGAAGACGAAAUCUGCCCCUACGCAACGUUCCACUUACUAGGCUUCCGUGAGGAAAUGGACCCCAGCAAGGCUAUCGCGUUCCCCCACCACCACCCGUCCCACGCUGGCACUUUGGCCCACCCACACCCACACCCACACCAUCCAGCACACUCACGCGCAGGAUCUCAGAGCAUGCCCCGUGCUAACAGUCGCUACGCCCGCAAGAACUCUCAAGGAGGACAAAGUGCUAUCUACUCGACCGCUCCCGAAUACGAUGACCCUGCCACUUGCGCUGAAGAGGACCAAUACCGUGCCCGCUACUCACGUCCGAUGUACGCAUGCGGCCCCGAGUACGACGAGCCCGCUUGUUGCCAACCCGAAGACGAACAGUACACUGGCGCUUACGGCACUCCCUACUCUGACCACUACGGAUCCCGACCCAGCAUUGGUACCCGCAAAUGCGGCGGAUCUCCCGAGCCUCCCCCACCCCCACCCCGCAACGCGAACAACGACAACAACUGCUCUUCCUCCUUCAACGAAAGCAAGGACUCCAACGAAAUCUCCGAAGCCGAAUGCGACCAGCCACGGAACUACCCUGAAGACGUCAGGGCCCACACUGCCAAGGACGGCUUGCACACCGAGGAAAUGAGAAAACUCAUUGACAGACCAGAAGCAAACACCCCAAUCCCCCAGCAAGCAGUCCACGGGCGGGGACUCACAGCCUACGAUACUGUGGCAGUGUAACCUAUAAAUUGCUUAUAGGAUUCUCAUACGCCCAAUAUUUUUUCUGCAGAUGAUCACGACCGCGCUGUACGCUCUUGCCUAAGAGUUUAACCAAUAGUUUGCAUUUAAGCGAGUUGCUUUGCUUGCGCAUUUCGCCAGCGAGCAGCGGGGUCGUUGUCUUUUCUUACUUGGUGUGUGAUUUUUGUAUCCCAAAAUGCCAGAUUUAACGCACUAUGGUGCCAUCAUUCGUUAGCGUCUUACAGAGUUGGGAACGACCGUUCUCCCGUAGUGAACCCUCGAAACGUCAUUGCGUAGCGUUGCCAUGCUUAUCGGAAAAUUAUGGUUGUGUUAGAUAUUUCAAAUUGAUAAAUUCCUUUAGAAUCGUGACGUAUAAUCAACUGGUGAGGUGUUCCCGACCUUGUGCUGUGACGGCAAUCGAAACGUUUUUUUGAUCUUAUUUGUUUAGCUUAAUUUGAACGAGGCUGCGCUUGGGGUGUUUUAAUUAAGCUCAACAUGUAAUAACGAUGUGAUAUUUUGUAUUUACCCAUUUUUAUGUGAACUAACAUUAACGUUAUUUAUAUAUUUGUAAGUCAGACAACGCGACCGCGGUCGAUAUUAAUGCUUCCUUUUAAAUGUUUAAGUUUUAAUAGUGCUUUUUACCAUUUGCGUUAUUAUUGUUUUACGUACACAAACACUACUAGUAAGGAUAGGUUUAAGCAUUUUAUUCGUAAUUAUUAAUCAACUCUUAAUAAUACUGUAUAAUCGGUAGUUAGUUUGUAAGCAUUUAAUAUUCGGGUUAUUAUAACUUAUACCCGUAUGGGUUUAGCAUUUUCUUUUCCUAAUCACAAAAUUAUGUAAAAUAUGUAUUACCCUAAUCGAUUAUACACAAUAAGGUGCAUUUUUUAAUCAUAUUAAUCGUUCUAUGAAAUGACGUAGGUUUAAGGCACUCGAGUGCCGUUUUCUAGAUGUCUCCCUUCGUGUUGUGUCGUGUAAGCUUUGCAAUUAGGCUCUUAGAUAGGUUUUCGCGACUUCCUAGCAAACGAUUUCUUCUAUAAACCUUCCAAGUAGACUUUGGAUAAAUUAAAAUUUAAGGAAUACUAUUCGAAAUUUAGAUUGUUCAAAAUCAGGUUUGAACUUAAGAUAAGUGACUGAGUUUUUACUAAUUUUGGUUAGCUUAUACGAAUUUCAUUUGCGGCUUUACGAUUUUGGAUUUUUGCAAAAGUCAUUCGCUAUUUGCAACUAACCGUUUGUACCAAAGUGUUUUGUGUUGAAAUAAAGUACUCAAUGUCAACUAAA